AUGAGUCGUGUAUCCACCAUCAUAGCCUCACCAUUCAUAGAUGGGUCACCCUCUCACUGCCUCAGUCCCCCUCCCCACACGUGUCACACUUUCGACUCAUAUGUCGUAAAGGGCAUCACACAUUAUUUCAAGCCUCUUGAAGAAAACCAUUCAUAUGAGGCAAUCAUAUACAACAAAGAUAUACCAACUAUGACUAGGACUUGA